ACGCUGCGGUCACACUGCUCAAAACAGAAAACAAGAAAAUCUGAAUUGGAAAACAAAUAACAAAAGUUGUAAUCACACAAUGCAGGACAUAUUCCCCUCCCUGGAUGGCCAAUUUUUGGAUGGUCUGUCAGGACACUAUGCCAUUGCGCUGACCACUCUCCUCCUCUGCGUUGUGACUGCUCUCUAUUUUGCCAACUUCUUCAAGGACAAAACCGAACUGGAGGACGAAGGACUAGGAGCCGAUGAACCGCGUGACGAGGAGGACUCCGAGUCUAGAACAACCCACGAGGAGGAAACCGAUGACGAUGAGGCCUACGAGGAAAACUCCACCGACAGCGAAGUGGAAUUCAUUGAGGACCAGGAUCCGGCUGGCCAGAAUUACAACCACCUUAUGGGCCAGCUGAAGGCCAAGAAGUUCCAGCACAAGAUGGAAAAGACUCUGACACCGGAUCAAAUUGAGGAGGAGCGCCGGAUUGAACGGGAGCAGCUAGCGGCAAUCUUUGAGCUGCUGCGCAAGCAGGAGGCGGAAUUGAAUCUCCAGGAUCGCAUCAGUGAUCAGGAUCUCAAGAAGCAGGUGCGGCUGUACCGCUGAAGGGAAGGCAACAACAAUACAAAAAAGCAAAGCAAAAAGGAGCUCAGCUUACCUGAAAGCGGAAACCUGUGUGAUCUAUAAGUUAAUAGUUUCGUUAUCAUCGCUUACCUACUGCAGGAUUGUCUUGAGUUUACAUUUAUUUUAUUUAUUUUCAAUUUGAUUAUCCUUGCCAAAUCCCCUUGAACUAUGAUAUUCUAAGAACACUUUUAUAGAAAGCCAAAAAAGUAAGAGUAUUUUUUUCUUUCAGGACAAUCUUGAAUUAAGUAAGCGAUUUAUGAGAUAAAAAACAGCAGAUACAAGUAUUGCUAGAAAAAAUUAAGCGUUUUCGGGUAAUUAGUUUGCCAAAUACGUUCCUUCGGUUAGUUUUAAAUUGUACUUACAUUAGCUUAGUUGCUUCUACUAAGAUUUUUUGACGAGAUAAAGUGUGUAGUGUGUUGUACAAAUCAAA